CGCUCGUAUGCAAGUAUAGUAGGCUACCGCAUAUGAGUUUGUAAGUCCAACGGAGGCCGAGCGGAAGACCGACGGCUAGCCACGGAGGAACUUCUCGGGAAACUAACUCACUGUUUUCCGCAUGCAUCAACAGGCCACGAUUCUUGAUAAGACCAAGAGUCCUGCGAUUGACCACGUCUCAACGAUUUACUGAAGACUUUGCCCUGACAGUCUUGAAUCUCUCCCAAGCGGAGUUCAAAAAUUAUCAUCUUCCCCAAAUCGAACUUCCAUUGAUUUGCCGUAAACAUGCUGGCACCGACACCAAGAACAAUCAAGGGCAAAUGUCUAAGCGAAGGCUAUGCUUCAGGACCUUUACUCUACAGCUCUAUCCCUCUCAGCUUCUGGGGUGGUGUCGAUCCUGCCACUGGAAUCGUUAUCGAUCAGCAUCAUCCUCUGGCCGGAAGUUCUUUGGCUGGGAAGAUACUUGCUAUACCGAGCGGUCGCGGAUCUUGCUCUGGAAGUGGUGUGCUUCUCGAAUUACUACUCAAUGGCAAUGCUCCAGCCGGUUUCAUCUUUGGUCGAGAAGAACUCAUCUUGACUCUUGGUGGCAUCAUCGCUACCGAGUUCUUUGACAAAUUUGUUCCUAUAGUGCAGAUCUCGCCUGAUGAUUUCUCGGGGCUCGCUGGCCACGCUCAUGUACAGAUCAUCAACGAACUCGUGGAGGUCAAUCCGACAACCUUGUCCAGCCAAACACAAGUCGAUGAGAAGCCGCCUUCAGUGGUUCUCAAUCUUUCAGAACUAGAUCGUGCUAUGCUAAGAGGAGAUCACGGAAAAGCUGCACAAGUCGCUGCAAGAGUCAUCUCGAAAGUAGCAGCGGUUCAAGGAGCAACAGAACUUAUAGACAUCAGUCAAGCACACAUCGAUGGCUGUAUCUACACCGGUCCAGCAACACUACUCUUCGCACAAAGACUCUGCGACUGGAACGCCAAGGUGCGGAUACCUGCAAGUCUCAACUCUAUAUCUGUCGACAGGCAAAGAUGGCGAGAGCAAGGCAUUGAUGCUGCUUUGAGCGAUCCUUCGGGCUUGCUAGCAGAUACGUAUGUGAACCUGGGAUGUACGCCGACAUACACUUGUGCGCCUUACCAACUGGACACAGCACCAAAGCUAGGAGAGCAGAUCAUGUGGGCCGAAUCGAAUGCUGUAGUAUACGCCAACAGUGUGCUAGGAGCCAGAUCUAUCAAGUGUCCUGACUACCUCGACAUCUGCGUCGCCUUGACUGGAAGAGCGCCAAACUCUGGAGCACAUUUGACCGAGCAUCGAAGACCUCAAGUAAUCAUUGAUGUUCCAUCAGACAUUGCUGGUGACGACUCCCUCUUCCCUGUUCUAGGCUAUCUCGUAGGUAAGAUUGCUGCAAACCGAAUCCCGCUCGUCAUCGGCCUCGAGCAUUUGAAGGUACACAAUGACAAUCUCAAAGCAUUUGGAGCAGCAUUCGCAACAACCUCGAGUGCCCCGAUGUUCCACAUUGCUGGCAUAACGCCAGAAGCUGUCAACCCGGCACUCGAUGAAUGGAAGACUGCUACUCCAGUCGUCAAGACGAACAAAGCCGAGCUCGCAGACAUAUGGUCGAGACUGGACAAAGCAACAGAGAUGAAGAUUGAUUUGAUAUCCCUCGGCAACCCUCAUUUCUCCUAUGAUGAGAUGGUGACACUUGCUCAGCUAUGCGAAGGAAAGACUAAACACCCUUCCGUCUCGGUCAUCAUGACAUGCAAUCGCGAUGCUUACGCACGAGCAUGUAAAGCUGGUAUCAUGCCCAAGCUUGAACGAUUUGGUGUGCAGCCAGUCACGGAUACUUGUUGGUGUAUGAUCGGAGAGCCUCUUAUCCCUCCAUCAGUGAAGACAAUCAUGACCAACUCUGCCAAGUUUGCUCACUACGGAGGCGGAUUGACGAAAAGGCAGAUGCGAUUCGGGAGCCUUGCUGGCUGCGUGGAAGCCGCUUGUGUUGGUGAAAAACCGAAGACAUUGCCACAAUGGCUAUCCUCCUGAUAUCCAAUCUGAUACUGCAAAGCCUGGAGCUUGGCCUGUCUUGGGAGUCACAUCCUGCUGCCUCGACAAGACUCCUUCGACAUCGCCAACGCUGUCACCACUCAUUCUCAAUCUAUAUGACCUUUAGCAUUAGCCUUUCCCUCAAUCAAGUCUUGGUGGUGUAGUGGUAACACACCUGAUUACUAGAGGAUAUGAGCGUGGUCCCAUAACUUAUGGAAGAGACGAUAGCCCGGCCGCUUCUCCCUCAACAACCAGAGGACGCAGAUUUGAUACCUGCUUAAGACAAAAUGAAUUUAUGUUGCUCA